AGGAGCCGCCGCCGCUGCCGCCGUCGCCGCCGCCGCCGCUACCGAGGCCGAGCGGAGCCGUUACCGUCCCUCCCGCCCCCGCCCCCAGCCUCCCGAGGAGUCCCGGGCCCGCCCGCUGGCGCACAGGAGAUUGAAGAUGAAAGACAAUGAAGGCAUUAUUGAGAGAACAAGAUCGAAGAAGAAAAAGGGGAUGGGAUCAAGGGCACAAGUAGAGAGGUUGAUCUUGACAGGAAGGACCACCUCUUCCCCAGAGUUUGAAGCAAAGCAGAUAUUUUAUAAAAUGUCUAAUGGUUAUGAAGAUCACAUGGCUGAAGAUUGCAGGGAUGAUAUCGGUAGAACGAAUUUAAUUGUCAACUACCUCCCUCAGAACAUGACACAGGAUGAAUUACGGAGUUUGUUUAGCAGUAUUGGUGGUGAAUCUGCAAAACUUAUUCGACACAGCUUAGGCUAUGGCUUUGUGAAUUACGUGACUGCAAAAGAUGCCGAAAGAGCAAUAAACACACUGAAUGGCCUGAGACUUCAGUCAAAAACCAUUAAGGUAUCCUAUGCUCGGCCAAGCUCAGAAGUUAUCAAAGAUGCCAAUUUGUAUAUUAGUGGACUCCCAAGGACAAUGACACAGAAAGAUGUGGAGGACAUGUUUUCACGAUUUGGACGCAUCAUCAACUCCCGUGUACUUGUGGAUCAGACAACAGGUUUGUCCAGAGGGGUUGCAUUUAUCCGGUUUGACAAAAGAUCAGAAGCAGAAGAGGCAAUUACCAGUUUCAAUGGCCAUAAACCCCCAGGUUCUUCCGAACCCAUAACAGUGAAGUUUGCAGCCAACCCUAACCAGAAUAAAAAUGUGGCGCUGCUCUCUCAGCUGUAUCACUCACCAGCUAGACGAUUUGGAGGGCCAGUUCAUCAUCAGGCACAAAGAUUCAGGUUCUCCCCUAUGGGUGUAGAUCACAUGACUGGGCUUUCUGGUGUAAAUGUCCCAGGAAACGCAUCUUCUGGCUGGUGCAUCUUCAUCUACAACCUUGGUCAAGAUGCUGAUGAGGGAAUCCUCUGGCAGAUGUUUGGCCCCUUUGGUGCGGUUACCAAUGUGAAAGUUAUUCGCGAUUUCAACACCAACAAGUGCAAAGGUUUUGGUUUUGUGACCAUGACAAACUAUGAAGAAGCCGCCAUGGCCAUAGCAAGUCUCAAUGGCUACCGCCUGGGGGACAAAAUCUUGCAGGUUUCCUUCAAAACCAACAAGGCCCACAAAUAACUCGCUCCCGCUGUUUGGUACGGAAUAGCUCACUCAGAGUGACACCAGUUGAAGCAUUUUUUUGUUAGUGUAAAACUCAUUUUGCGCCAAUUUUCACGUGUUUGUCUUAGUCUAAAUGAGAAGUGAAAAGGUUUUUUAUACUCUGGGAUGCAACCGACAUGUUCAAAUGUUUGAGAUCCCACAAUGUUAGACCAAUUUUAAGUUUCUUAAGUUAUUUCCUUUAAAAUAUAUAUGAAACAGAAAUCUUAGUAGACUGCAUUAACUAACCAGCCCCUCUGGAUGGUGGUAAAAUUGAAGCAUGCUUUAACUUAUAAGACUGUCUAACAUUUGUUUCAUUUAGUGUUUCCACAAACUGGAAAAGCAGUUCUUUUUCUUCUUAGUUGUUAAACUAAAGAUGUUAGACUGACGCUGAGUGUGCUUUUUCUCCAUAGCUUAAGCAUUUAAAAAGAUUGACGCCUUAGUUGACAGUAAAUUGCUUUCUGAAGCAGUUUUCAUUGCCACUUUUCUGUUGACUUAAUCUUCAGUUUGUUUUUUUUUUUUUUUUUUAAAGUGGUCUUGUAAGUAGUAGCAUGCCUGCCUGACUUUUAACACCAUUGGGGAGGUAAGUUGCACGCUGAGCCGUGGCCAAGCUGUCAAAAUUAAAGUACAAAGAUUUUUCAGAAGCCCAAGUUUGAGUAGAAAUGGACCAAAGAGUUUCAAAGAAACUCCAAGAAGAUUCCAGAGUCAAAUUUAAUCUCCAAAACAGUGUGAACAUAUGUUGCUCCUUUGACAUCCUGAAUCUUUUGUCCAAAUAGCAUAUGCCUGGUGCACUACAUCCUGGUACAUUAUCUUUUGAGAGAACUUUUCAGUUUCAAAGAUCAACAUAGUUUAAAUUCACAAGGAUAGCUCUAUUUUUUAAUAACACAUAAACAUUUGAGCAUUGUAUUUCUCGCAUCCCUUCUUGUGAGCGCUAGAUUCUUUUUUUCUAUCUUAGUAGGGUUUUGUUUUGAAAAUUUGCUUUCAUAUGAACACUCAGCAGAAAAGUACUUAUUUCUUGCCAGUUAUCUAUUAACAAGAAGACUUUAAUUUGUAGUUUUAAAGAUUAACCCCCAAAGUUUUCUUCAUGCUGCCUUGACUAUUUUGGGUUGUUCUGUUUCUGUUAAAUUUUCUUUUGCUUUUUUGUGUUUUUUGUUUGUUUUUACUUUUGCAUUUAAGACCAUUAAAUUUGAUUUUGUUUUGCUCAAAUUUUGUUUUGUUUUUUAUUUUCAAUUUUCUUUUAUUUUGGAUAGGUAUUGUACAAAAGGUCCAACAUUCAGGGAGAAUUGUUAGGUCUUAAGGAAAGUUACUGGCCUCAAGAAAAAAGCCUUGACAUAUCUGUGGUGACAAUAUAAACUGUAUCAUCCCAAACUGAUUCUUUUGUAAACCUACAGACAUUGAAGUAGGCUGUUAAGAAGAGGCCACAAGAGGCAGGGGUAGCACACAGGAAGAGAAAACUCCGGGAAGCUGUUUCAUGAACCUGAUCUGAUUUUUAUAUAACUAAUGUACAGAGAGAGACAAAAAAAAAAAAAAAUGGGAUGGCUUAGGACCUGCAAUUUAUAACUAUGACGUGAGAUGGAACUAUGUAAAGGUGAUGUUUUUUAGUUAUUGGUAUAAUGGAAUUACUGAUUUAUUUAUUUUUUUAAAAGGACAAAUUAGGCAAUAGGUAUCACUCUCUCCAAAUGCAGUUCACUAUUUUCAGAAGCAUCUGAUUGGUUGGCCUCAUAACUGCUUUCCAUUCACCUAGUGCUUCCAAAAUAUUGAGUCCCUACCACUUGUUUGUAUUUGCAUCACAACUUUUUAAAAGGUUUCUUUUUUUACUUUUUACACAUGAUAAAAGAUUGGUACCAAGGCUUGGCCUUGAGAGCUAGCCGGACACUGCCCAGGAUCUACCUUACCCUCAGAAGUAAAAACUCCAAAGGAAUGUAGCCACUUUUUAUGACAAGGGUUUGUGGUCUCUGUUCCAUUUGCUUUGUUUUAAAUGGGGGGUGGGGGGAGGGUGGGGAAAGCGUAGCUUCUAUUCUGGUCUAGAAACAGUGCCUAUUUGCUGGAGUAAAUGGAAAGGUAGUCACUGUGGUCUUACUGUAGAGAAUUUUUAUAUUUUGAGUCAGUGUGUUCUAUGAGAAAAUAAUCCUUUUUUGGUCAUGGCAGCAUUCAAAGCCUUUCUCUUAAGUCUUCUGGAUGAAGACAUGGUUUGUGGUUCUGAAUCUUGCUUUGAAGCUACUGUAUUUAUUUACAUUUUGCUGCCAGCUUUGGCUAGUGCUUGACUUCUUAAGAGAAUUCUACCCUAAGUCGUAUACUUUGCAAAUGAUGAUGGCAUCUUCGCCACAUCUGUAUUCUCUUUUCCUUUGAUUCAGCUUGGUUGGUUCUUCAGACCCUGGGACUAAUGGAAAAAUAUGGAGGUAUUUGGACUUUUGAUGUAUCUGUCACCUAACAUUUUUCUGGUACUUGGGGCCCCCAUGGGUUUGAACACACUUGUCACCACAGGUCCCAGGUGCUUCUUCAGGAACAUUUGCAGGAGGGUGGAAAGUUAUAGCCGUUGAUGUAUUACUUCUGGUGGAAAACAAUCCACCAUCCUGAUAGUUGCUCCAGCCGCUCUGCUUUGCUAGGAACAUUUAGGAGGUUAGCUCAGCCCGAACCAGACUGUCAGGUUUGUUCCUAAAAGGGAGAGCUCACUUUUAAAAUGUCAUAUUGCUAAAGGAAUCCUUUCCCCAAACUUUGCUUUAAAAGUUUAAUCCCACUCCUGUUUAAAAAGAUGAAGACUCUACUUAUUUUUGGAAAUUCCUGUUUUCCCAAAGCUUCCUUAUUUAAAAUAACAAUGAAAAGAAUCGAGUAGACAGUAUUAAUUUAGAAAGCAUAAUUUUGCAAAUAUUUGGGAUAUUUUGAUUUGAUUCAGUUAUGUUUUAGCUUCUGAUUUCCCCAUUGCUUAUCAAUUAGAUCUCUUAGUAAUUAUCUGCUAAACAAUGCUUAAUUUGUGGUAAUUUAAAAAAAAUUAAGUUAACAUUGUUGAUUCUACCCUUGCAGCUUUGCCUUAAAUUAAUUCUUCAUUGUAAAAUACCAUGUCCCCUCCAGAGAGGGUUUUCUAUGUGCUAAUUCUACCUCUAAUAGGAAGUUCUUUCAUUCUGAUUCCCCACCCAAGGGCAUCUGUCCUUUCUUUGCAUCAUCUAACAAGUACACUAUUAAAGCAGAUCUAGAUUGUUUUUAUGAAUUUGGUACAGUCUGGUUAAGCCUUCUCUGCUUCCAGAAAAUAAGAUUUUUCCUAUUCUGAAGGCAGGUGCCUUACUUAAUGUUUGUAGAUCUGCACUUGCUCUCAAUGCUAGGAAAGCCUAGGACCCAAAGACCAGAAUAGUUGGACUAUAGCUAAGCAGCUGUGGUUAUUUGCAUACUCUGUGUUGAAAUUGCUUGGUUUAGACUCAGCACAGUUGUCAGAUUUGGAGACUGAAAUGAACAUGACUCAAGUUGUUUGGUUUCAUAUCAGAUGCAGGCAUCAUUUUGUUUCUGUAUGCUUUUGUAGCAUUCAUGUGAGAGCAAGAUGGUAAGGACAUCUUCCCCUUCUCCCUCAAUCCCCUUUCCAUAAACCAAAUACCAGUGUACUGGAUAAAACUCUUCUGGUCUUUGAAACACACCACCCCUGCCCAGUGUGGUUUGUAGGAUAUGGCGUCCGUGUUCCCGGUGGCCCUGCUGCUGGCACUUCCAGGCUACAGGCCACCAUACUUCCUAAAGAUUGACAGGCAGCACAGAAGGAAACUUUUUUGUUUGUUUUUGUUUUUUUGUUUUUUUGUUUUUUGUUUUUUCUGUUGAGUGGAGUUUGUAUUUCAUGAGCCAUUUUAAUAAUGAUAGAGUAGAUGAGCUACCACCAGAAUCUUUGAAAUCCUAUGGGGUUUCCAUUUUAAAACUUUGAUUUUCCUUUGUCUUGUAAUGAUUGUUUCUUAUUUCCAAUCCACCCUUCAGUGACAUAGUUAAACAUUUUGCUUGGUCAUUGAAAAGCAAAUGACUUUUGACAUUUUGAGCACAUAAGUUGGGAUAAUUGGUGAUUUGACCAGUAACUUUGAAUAGUACUGUACUUUAAAUCUUGACCUGAAGUCUUUUUUAAAAAUUGGUUCCAUCUCUUUUAACAUGUAACAUUUUGCUUACAAAGUAAUCUGUUGUGGGACAGGAGGCUUUAUCAAUUGUUUCCCAUAUUGUACAGUAGAUGGUUAAACAUUUUGUAUAUUUAGUGUGUUUUAAGUUAUUGAUUUGUUUUAUAUAAAAUAAUUUAUUUUUCAGGUACCAUUUUUUUUCAUUUUAACUUUGUUUUUACAUGGGUUUGUUUUCAAUAAAGUAUGACAUUGCUGUCCAAAAGUCUAAAAGAAAAUGAAUCCCAUUGUGUUCUUUUGAGAAUGCUUCUGUAAUUAGUUUUUGUGAUUUUCAGAAAAGCACUACUGAGUUCUCCAUCUUCCCAUUGCUUUUUUAUUCAAAUGAUUAAAAGACCUUUAGUGUUUUUUAAAAGAAAAAUCAGACUUAGGUUUUGAUAAUCAAGAAGAUUUCAGAUUAAUAAAGAAGCUUUGAAAGAAGAAACAUUUUUUAAAAAUGUAGUCUGAGUGUGAAUAUUAUUUUUUUGUCGAUGGCUUUCUCAAAAAGAAUGAAACUUUUGAAUCAUUUUCAGAGUUUUUAUAGAUGCCAAAUUGAUAUAUUGACAUGUAUUACAUAGAUUUUACAUGUAGUGGAAACAUGCAAAACAUUUUAUUAAAUUUGUUCACAGUCAUAUAGACAUUUGAAUUCAAUUCCAAAGAUAAGCUGAUGCUUAUUUUCAAGUACAAUGUUGUGGUUUGGGGUUUUCUUUAUGAGUCCAACCUUAUUUGUGCAAAUACUUGGUUCUUUUUACAGGCAUCAGGGAUGUGUUUUGCCUCACAUGUUAACCUAUAGUUUGAAUUUUGUGUUAUUUUUAGUUGUAAACAAAACAGGAUAACUGACAUGUUAAUAGUUUAGGAACUGAUCAUUUGUAACUUUUAUCAGCAGAAAUGGAAUUAAAAUAAUAAUAAUACAGUUGGUUUACUUUAUACUUUUUAGGCAAGCAUGUCUUUCCUCCUUCCCACCAAAUGGUGCUGUAUCCUUGGGAAAAGGGUUGCUAGACCAAAGUAUUAGACAGUGAGGGGGAGGGAAGGAAAGAAUUAUGCUGUCGUGUCUUGAAUGUCAUUUGUGAAGUUGUCUUAUGUGCAUUGUGUUCAUAUGCCCUUCAUCAAAUUUCUGUUCUUCACGGGGAAUGCAUUUUGUAGACUUGAGAAUUUUUUCCUGCUCAAGUCCCUUUGGCAAUUAUACAAGCAUGCUACUGAAACCCCAAGAAUUACCUAGUACCACCUUGUCCUAUGAUCCUUUUUACUUCUUCCUGUUAUAAAAGUUCACCUUCCAGGCUCUUUUAUCUACUACUGAUUGUGAAGGGCCCUUAACUUCAAGCUCCUAGAACCCAGGGUCCUGUGGCUGUCAAUUCUCUGCCUUUGGGCAUUUCUAGGCCUACCACUGUUAUUCCCACUUUAUUUCUAUAGUUUGCAGAUCCUCUUAGUUCUUUCAGCAUCUUCCCUUUUUAAUUGGCUGGUUUUCCUCUCAUCACCCAGAGCCAGAGCUUAGUUUUGCAACUAUUAAUUUCAUAUGCCACUCCUCCAUUCAUUUUUUUAACAUGGGAAAUAAAGUGUGAUUUAUUCACCCCAAGAAAACAAACUCCUUAUCAGCCAGCACUUCCUGAGCACUUAUUAGGUUCAUUGGAAACAUGUUAAAUUUCUCUUGACCAGACUUUUAGUAGAAUGUUGAAGUCACUGGUUUUUCCUUUCUCUUUUAUGUGUGUCUUGCUGUAGUUCUGU